AUGGCUGUGCCGACAGCGCCUGAUUGGAAGUAUGGAUCCAAUGUUUGCGAUUGUGGAGAUUAUUGUGUAUCCUAUCACUUUCAAUUUUGUUUAGAACAAGACAAGAAGAAAUACUAUCGACAAUGUGGAUGCAUGUUUGACCCGUCACGAAAGACCGAAUCGAAAUGUGAUGCCCUCGGCGAACACGAUUUGAACGGAGAGCUGGUGUAUUGCUGUUCGGGUGAUCGAUGCAAUGCAGAUGAUCUCUAUGAUGCUGUCUUUGGGUGCUUUCUGGAUAUUCCACACUUUCUGAAUAAACACUGGUACUCUCUGUUGAGCUCAAUCUCGAUCGACAUCGUCUACACUCACCUUACUCCGCCACACUUCGCUAUGAUCGGCGAUGUGUGGUCGAUACAAUUUUCUGGACUUUUGAGCUUUCUAAAUGUUGAUCCAAUGAUUCAAACGGUUAAC